CUUUAAACAAUAUGGCGAACGAGGCUUUCGGCACGUUGAGUUCGAGUCCAGAGCUGUUGGUAGGUCUGACGUGCCGAGUUCAUCCGGUUGUCUUCCUCAGCAUUGUUGAUUCGUACGAAAGAAGAAAUGAGGACGCUAAGCGAGUGAUUGGAACUUUACUGGGAACUGUUGAGAAGAACACGGUUGAAGUCACCAACUGUUUCACCGUGCCACACAAUGAAUCUGAAGAAGAGGUGGCAGUUGAUAUAGAGUUUGCCCGCAACAUGACUGAUCUGCACAGGAAGGUCAACCUACAAGAAGUCAUUGUUGGAUGGUAUUCCACUGGCUACGAUGUGUCCGAACACUCGGUACUCAUACAUGACUACUACUCCAGAGAAUGCAAGAACCCAGUGCACAUCACUGUUGACACAUCUCUCAAACAGGCACACAUGUCCAUGAAGGCCUACAUUAGUGUGCCAGUCGGAGUGCCUGAGAAGACAAUCGGCACCAUGUUCACACCAAUUCCAUUGCAACUUGCUUAUCAAGAUUCUGAAAGAGUUGGAGUUGAAUAUCUGCUGAAGCACAAGGAUCGAGUAAAGAGAACAUCAAACCUACCAAAAGACUUGAAGCAAGUGUCUGUUGACUGCACUCAAAUGUUGGCUAAGCUAGAUUCCGUCAUUGAAUAUAUUGAUAAUGUUUUGUCAGGGAAAGUACCAUCUGAUUCGACUAUUGGUCGAUCGCUAAUGGAACUUGUCAACAACGUCACCAAAAUAAAACCUGAAGAUUUUCAAGAUAUUGUCAGUUCAAAUAUGAAGGACCUGCUGAUGAUGCUGUACCUCAGUAACCUGACCAAAACGCAACUCAUCAUAGGAGAGAAGAUAAACCAGUUUUAAUUUAAUUUAUUGACUCGUUGAAAUGUUUUGUUGGGAUGAUUGUUAAGAGGCCAUCAGUAAAUGAAUGUACAUUUAAUAAAUUAAUUCUUCUGCUUAAUGUUUCAAAAUACAUCACCUCGUUGCUAUGGCGGUGCUAGUUAUGAACAGAGAAAAUUAUGACAGAAAAUUUGUUUUUGUUUUAAACAAAUAAACUCUUAAUCGCGC